GAAAGAGAAAAUAAAUUAUCCUGGCUUAUAUAUGAACGUGCUUUUCUUUACGACAGUAUUUCGUGCCGAUCAAAGAUGAAAUUAAACAAGACAAGACUGUGUAAUCCAUUCAUUAGAUUUAUUUGGAUUAAUAUUCUUUGCCAUGUUUCUUGCUAUAAUCAGCUUGUAAGACCCGGAUUCACCAGGGCAAGCAGUAGUUCUGUUGGUUAUGGUGGAUACCCAAACAAGACAGUGGAUGGAGACUUCAGACAAAAUCAAUAUACAUACUGCAUGCAUACAGCUUCUGGUCACAAAGAGGCUUGGCUUAGGAUCGACCUUAGGAAGAUCUACAAUAUCCAUUCUGUCAAGUUUUGGUAUAGAAACGACUCAAAAACUAAGGGAUAUAAUACAGGAAGAAUACAGGGAUUUAACAUCCGACUCUCAAAUACAAACCAGACUCUUCCUCAGAACACAUGUUAUCAAGAUGAUGGAAAAACAACUCUACCUCCAAUUAUUGAGAAAGAAUGUAAAGGAGUUGCCCAGUACGUAUGGAUUUACACAAAUAAAACACACAACGGUGGAGUUUUCCUGGAAAUAUGUGAAGUCCAGGUUUUUGAAUGUGAAAGUGGAUUUUACGGUAAAAACUGUACUCAUCCCUGUGGACAUUGUGCUAAAGACGGAAUAUGUGAUCACGUAACUGGUUCCUGUCCUAAUGGAGACUGUGAACCAGGGUGGAAACAUACACCUGAGAUGAGAUGUGAUCAAGCUUGUAACGACUAUUUUUAUGGAAAGAACUGUUCAAAUCCCUGUGGACAUUGUGUAAAAAACUCAACAUGUGAUCACAUGACUGGAUCCUGUCCUAAUGGACACUGUCAGAAAGGGUGGAAAAAUAGACCUGAUAAAAGAUGCAAUAUUGAAUGCAAUAAUGGUACUUUCGGAGAACACUGUAUGUACAGUUGCAGUGGGCAUUGUAAAGGUGGACUGCCGUGUAGAAAAGACGAUGGAAUCUGUAUUGAAGGGUGUGAAGAUGGAUGGACAAAGGAUAAGUGCGAUGAAGAAUGCGAAAGUGGAUUUUACGGUAUCAACUGCACUUAUCCCUGUGGACAUUGUACAAAAAACGCAACAUGUGAUCACGUGACUGGUUCCUGUCCUAAUCGAGACUGUGAGCCAGGAUGGAAACAUACACCUGAAAUGAGAUGUGAUCAAGAAUGUGAAAACGGUACAUUUGGAUUAAACUGUGAGCACAAAUGUAGUGGACACUGCGCAGGUGGAUUACACUGCUCCAAAGUAAAUGGGUAUUGUCCACGAGGGUGUAAUGAUGGUUGGAUAAAGUCUUAUUGUAAUGAAACUUGCAAGGACUAUUUAUAUGGAAAGAACUGCUCAUAUCCCUGUGGACAUUGUGCAAAAAAUGCAACCUGUGAUCACAAGACUGGAUCCUGUCCUAAUGGUGACUGUGAGAAAGGAUGGAAACAUACACCUGAUAAAAGAUGCAAUAUUGAAUGCAAUAAUGGUACGUUUGGAGAACACUGUAUGUACAAUUGCAGUGGACAUUGUACAGGUGGAUUGCCAUGCAAAAAAGAUGAUGGAAUCUGCAUUGAAGGGUGUACAGAUGGAUGGACAAAGGAUAAGUGUGAUGAAAAAUGCGAAAGUGGAUUUUACGGUAAAAACUGUACUCGUCCCUGUGGACGUUGUGCUAAAGACAGAAUAUGUGAUCAGGUGACUGGUUCCUGUCCUAAUGGAGACUGUGAGCCAGGAUGGAAACAUACUCCUGAUAAAAGAUGUAAUAUUGAAUGCAAUAAUGGUACGUUUGGAGAUCACUGUAUGUACAAUUGCAGUGGGCAUUGUACAGGUGGAUUGCCGUGCAAAAAAGAUGAUGGAAUCUGUAUUGAAGGGUGUGCAGAUGGAUGGACAAAGGAUAAGUGCAAUGAAGAAUGCGAAAAGGGAUUUUACGGUAUAAACUGUACUCGUCCCUGUGGACAUUGUACAAAAAACGCAACAUGUGAUCACGUGACUGGUUCCUGUUCUAAUGGAAACUGUGAGAAAGGAUGGAAAAAUACACCUGAUCAAAAAUGCAAUAUUGAAUGUGAUAAUGGUACGUUUGGAGAACACUGUAUGUAUAAUUGCAGUGGGCAUUGUACAGGUGAAUUGCCGUGCAAAAAAGAUGAUGGAAUCUGCAUUGAAGGGUGUGCAGAUGGAUGGACAAAGGAUAAGUGCGAUGAAGAAUGUCAAGGAGGAUUUUAUGGUAUGAACUGCAGUCUUUCUUGUGGACAUUGUUCUAAUAACGAAAACUGCAAUCAUGUGACGGGUUUCUGUCCUUCCGGACUAUGUGCACGGGGAUGGAAUAUUACAAGUGACAGAAAAUGCAAUCAGAAAUGCGAAAGGGGAUUUUACGGUAUAAACUGUACUCGUCCCUGUGGAAAUUGUUUAAGAAACGCAACAUGUGAUCACGUGACUGGCUCCUGUCCAAAUGGAGACUGUAAGCCAGGGUGGAAACAUACACCUGAUAAAAGAUGCAAUAUUGAAUGCAAUGAUGGUACGUUCGGAGAACGCUGUAUGUACAAUUGCAGUGGGCAUUGUACAGCUGGAUUGCCGUGCAAAAAAGAUGAUGGAAUCUGUAUUGAAGGGUGUGCAGAUGGAUGGACAAAGGAUAAGUGCGAUGAAGAAUGCGAAAGGGGAUUUUAUGGUAUAAACUGUACUCGUCUCUGUGGACAUUGUACAAAAAACGCAACAUGUGAUCACGUGACUGGUUCUUGUCCUAAUGGAGACUGUGAGCCAGGAUGGAAACAUACACAUGAUAAGAGAUGUGAUGAAGCAUGCAACGACUAUUUUUAUGGAAAAAACUGUUCUAAUCAAUGUGGAAAUUGUGCCAAACCCUCAAUAUGUGAUCACGUGAAUGGUUCCUGUCCCAACGGAUACUGUGAGAAAGGAUGGAAAAAUACACCCGAUAAAAGAUGCAAUGUUGAAUGCAAUAAUGGUACAUUUGGAGAACACUGCAUGUACAAUUGCAGUGGGCAUUGUACAGGUGGAUUGCCGUGCAAAAAAGAUGAUGGAAUCUGUAUUGAAGGGUGUGCAGAUGGAUGGACAAAGGAUAAGUGCAAUGAAGAAUGUCAAGGAGGUUUUUAUGGUAUGAACUGCAGCCUUUUUUGUGGACAUUGUUCUAACAACGAAAACUGCAAUCAUGUGACGGGUUUCUGUCCUUCUGGACUCUGUGCACCGGGAUGGAAUAUUACAAGUGACAGACAAUGCAAUCAGAAAUGCGAAAGGGGAUUUUACGGUAUCAACUGUACUCGUCCCUGUGGACAUUGUACAAAAAAUGCAACAUGUGAUCACGUGACUGGUUCCUGUCCUAAUGGAGAUUGUGAGCCAGGGUGGGAACAUACACCUGAUAAAAGAUGCAAUAUUGAAUGCAAUAAUGGUACUUUCGGAGAACGCUGUAUGUACAAUUGCAGUGGACAUUGUAAAGGUGGAUUACCGUGCAAAAAAGAUGAUGGAAUCUGUAUUGAAGGGUGUGCAGAUGGAUGGACAAAGGAUAAGUGCGAUGAAGAAUGCAAAAGGGGAUUUUACGGAAUGAAUUGUACCCAUCCCUGUGGACGUUGUGCUAAAACAGAAAAAUGUGAUCACGUGACUGGGUCCUGUCCUAAUGGAGACUGUGAGCCAGGAUGGAAACAUACACCUGAUAAGAGAUGUGAUGAAGCAUGCAACGACUAUUUUUAUGGAAAGAACUGUACAAAUCCUUGUGGAAAUUGUGCUAAAAACGAAAAAUGUGAUCACGUAAAUGGUUCCUGUCCAAAUGGAGACUGUGAGAAAGGAUGGAAAAAUACACCCGAUAAAAGAUGCAAUAUUGAAUGCGAUAAUGGUACAUUUGGAGAACACUGUAUGUACAAUUGCAGUGGGCAUUGUACAGGUGGAUUGCCGUGCAAAAAAGAUGAUGGAAUCUGUAUUGAAGAGUGUGCAGAUGGAUGGACAAAGGAUAAGUGCAAUGAAGAGCAGCUUAUAAAUACCAGGACAACGAAUGUUUCAAGUAGUUCAGUACAUAGAUACUUUAAUGGCAGAGGGACAGCAGACUUAACGAUAGACGGAAAUUUCAACCAAUAUAUCAACUACUGCAUGCACACAGCCCUAGAUUGGUCGGAGGCUUGGUUAAUUGUAGACCUCGGAGAUAUCUACAAUGUGAAAAGCGUUAAAAUAUGGUACAGAGAUGAUACUGGAUCGGAUCGUGCUUACAGACUUAGAGGAUUUUCCAUACUCGCCUCUCAAAAUCCUGAAUUUAAUGAAAACGACACAUGUUAUCAAGAUCCAGGGCAUGUUGCACCCGAAACAAUACUUGAGGUGAAUUGUGAUCGGACAGCUCGAUAUAUAAAGAUAUACACUAACAGGAUAACAUUUUCAUCUCAGUAUGGUGCCGUUCUGGAGAUCUGCGAAAUAAGAAUUUUCGGUUGUCCGCGUUGGAAAUACGGAGAACGGUGUGAAUCCUGCGGAAAUUGCAAAUUGGAUUGUCAUGCAACUGGACAAUGUGAUCGAUAUGGUUGUAUACAUGAUGGAUACAAUUUGCCAUACUGCAAAGAAUGCAAAAGUGGGAGAUACGGCAAAGACUGUAACUCUUCAUGUGGACAUUGUGCCAAUAAUGCAAAAUGUAACAAUAUAACCGGAUCGUGUCCUAAUAAAGAGUGUGCACCAGGAUGGAAAUAUACAACAGACUGGAAAUGUGAUAAAGGCUAGCCAUUUUUAAUAUUUCUCCU